AUGGAGGCUGACAAGAGCUUGUGGUUAUGUAUUUGUUUAGAGAAAGGAGGGAUUUACUUUUCUAAGCCUACUGAGAGAGAAUCUUGAAAUAUAAAUGUGUGAAUUGUAGAGGAAUAUUCUUGAUGAAUUAUGGGAAGAGUGAAAUAGGCAUCCACUAUGGUAAUGGCCCCCAUUGUUUGGAGAUAAGAUUGAAAUCAAUAAAGUAUCGAUGAGUAUUCCACUAGAAAAGAAAAUUGUCAAAACAGUUCUCAUAAGCCCAACUGCAGUUCAUUCACAUUUUAUCAGGCCCUUGGGCUUCAAUUUUCCAGUGAAUUACAGGUCCAGAGAAGUGUAAAUCUCUUUAGUUUGAUGAAAUAGACUGGCGAUUGAGACUGACCCACAAAUAAAUUGGUUGGAGAUCAGAGCAAGAAGGCUAUGUUUGUGCAGAUGCUCUCUAAUGGGGAAGAGGAAGAAGAAGAGGAGGAGGAAAAGAAAAUGAGGCCACCAUGGCUGAAGCCUUUGUUGGGUACAAACUUCUUUGUUCACUGUGAAAGCCAUGGAGAUUCCAGCAAUAUGUACUGCCUGGAUUGUAUGCUUGGUGCUAUGUGCUCCUUCUGUCUCACACACCACAGAGAUCAUCAUGUUAUUCAGAUCAGGAGAUCUUCAUACCAUGAUGUGAUAAGGGUAUCAGAGAUCCAGAAGGUGUUAGACAUAGCAGGUGUGCAGACCUACAUUAUAAACAGUGCAAGGGUAGUUUUUCUCAACCAGAGGCCUCAACCCAGACCAGGAAAGGGAGUAGCAAAUACAUGCCUGGUUUGCGAAAGGAGCAUCCUGGACAAUUGCAAUUUCUGUUCCUUGGGUUGCAAGUUCACAGGAACACAAUUGAAUCUCAGAACCAAAGGCAAUAUGCAGAGAGAACAAUUGAAGAGACAUGGGCUCAGACCAAUGAAGGGCUUCAGUGAUGGCAAUACUGAUAACAAUAAAGAGUACAGUGCCAAGGAAAUGUAUCCUCCAAUGUCUCUCUCUCAGUCUCCAUCAAAUCACAGAACCAACAAGAGGAGAAAGGGGGUCCCUCACAGGGCUCCCUUAGGAGGUUAAAAACACCUGUAAAGAUGGGUGUUACAGAUCUUUCAUUGUUGUAUAGCCAUAUAUAGAUGAACAAGAUGAUAAUGUUGUCAGGCACCCAAAAACAAUUGUGGUGUAAACUUAUAAAUAAUUUAUAGAAUAACCAACUCAGACAGACAGACUGUACAGCAGUUGAAAUGAAGCAAUAUCCAACCACCCAAUUAUGAGAGUGUGGUAAGGAUCUGCAAAAAGGGCAAGCAAAACCUAAAGGUGUGGGUUUUGGUAAUGGCACAAAGGUGCCUGAAAUUUUUAAUAAGAGCUGGACCCAGGCAGAAAAAAUAACCUGUUACUGUAUGGAAAAUUACAACUGUGCAUAUUAUAGACAAGGAUGAAACUGUACAUAUUAUAGUCAAAAUAAUUUAUAGGUACAAUGCUAUAUUCAA